CUUCUGCUCCGCCACUCUGCCAUUGGACUCUUGAUAGUCGUCUCCCCACACUGCUGCUGGGGGGACUUUUUAACAUAGGCCUCUGUAUGGCCUUCAAUUUAAGCUGCUUACGCUUCGCCACUCUGCCAUGGACCCCUGUACCGCCUCCUCUUGCUGCUGCCAGGUCCAGAGCCUGUGUAUGGGCUUCAAUUGAAGCUGCUUCUGCUCCACCACUCUGCCAUUGGACUCUUGAUAGUCGUCUCCCCACGCUGCUGCUGGGGGGGACUUUUUAACAUAGGCCUCUGUAUGGCCUUCAAUUUUA